GGAGCGUCCAAUUCCCGAUAGUCCGUUCGCAUUUUCCGAACGUCGAAUAAAUAACAAUCGUCGAGUGACAAAAUUUCUUACCCGCGACAUGUUCGUCAAGUCGAGAAUAUCGUCCAGCCCGUUUCUCCUGGCCCUUGCUGGCUGCGCGCUCGUCGGUAUCGCGGAUAUAUCCACCUCCGCGCAAACCGCCAACUAUUGUUCCAUUUGCAACGGGAUGCAAACUAUGUGCCGAUAUCCGAGCAGCGCUCCGUCCAAAAGUUGUCAAAAAUACGUCAACGAGCCGCUGACCGCCGGCGAGAUAAAAUCUCUGGUUAACAGGCACAAUGAGCUUAGAACAAGGGUUGCGGAGGGUCGAGAAACUGCUGGUAACUCGGGACCGCAGCCUCCCGCCACCGACAUGAAGGCACUGGCGUGGGAUCCGGAACUGGCGAGGGUGGCUCAACGGUGGGCUGACCAGUGCGCGGAGAACGCUCACGACGAUUGCAGAUCAGUAGAUCGCUUUUACGUCGGUCAGAACGUAGUGACCGUCAUGACUACGGGUAACACGUUCGAUCCGAUCGUUAAACUGGUGGACCCUUGGUACAACGAGGUGAAGAUGUUCAACCGCGCCGAUGUCUCGAAAUACAGAUUUGAGAGCAGUACGGGUCAUUACACGCAGUUGGUUUGGGGGCAGACGUCCUCGAUAGGCUGUGGAAAAGUCAGAUUCUACAACGGCGCACGUGGGAUGAACACCUUGCGUUUGAUCUGCAACUACGGACCGGGGGGUAACGUGAUAGGACAGCGAAUUUAUACCGCCGGAAAAACCGCCUCCGGCUGCACAAGGGGCAAGAGCAAGGCCUGGCCGAGUCUCUGUAAUUAGUAGAGUAUGGAAAGAACGUUAAAUUUACUCGAAUAGUUGUAUGUGAAGUCCUUAGAAAUAGAACGCAAUGAUACUUGAAA